ACUGUGGAGCCGUGGAGGGAUGGGUGCACACACCCCACCUACAUAAAACCCUUUGCAGUUUUGCAGCAGCGAGAACCUCGGCUACCUGCAGCUAUGAGCUUUUACCCGCUUUGACUCCACUCUAGUCGCUCCACUGCCUCCUCCUCCUCCUCCUCCUCCUCCCAACAGCCAGCUUAGCUCGAUCCACACGUCAAAACCUUCGCUUGUUAGUUAAGCUUGCCGCGCCGCGUCAUCGGCCGUCACUGUCCGUCGGCGGCUAGCUGCACGCGGCCACAUGAGGAGGCGGUGGUCUCGCGCGGCCGUGGUCGCGUGCUUAGUGCUCCUCGCGGCCGCGGCCGCCUGCGUGGCCGAGUCGCGCGCUGUUCCCAGCACCAGCAGCGAGGGAAGCGCCAGCGACGCUGCAGCCGCCCGCGACAGCGGCAGGAGGAGUGCUUUUGAUGUAAUGGUCGUCGGCCUCGUCAGCAUCGGGCUUGGCCGGCGGUGGCGCGCCGGCGGCGGCGGCGAGCUGGUCGACGAGGCCAAGCGGCGCGUGCCGACGGGGCCCAACCCGUUGCACAACAGAUGAGUAGCUAGCUUAGCAACUCAUUACUGCGGCUUGCUGUCGCGUCGCUUGGCUGGCGCAGGCCAUUGCCAUCACUGGGCGCGCAAGCUGAUCUUGCGUGCGUGCAUGGCGAGGAGGAGAAGAAUGAGAAGGAGAAGAGAUGAGCGAGUAUUACUACUCCCUUCUGCUUCCCUUUCUUCUUUUUUCCCUAGUUUUUUUUCUUCUUUUUUGUUGAUUUUUCCCCUUUGUAUUGAUUGGCUUGCGAAGUGAUCAGCAAGGCUAUUCUGUUGAUUGAAAGAGAUAGAGAUACGAGUAUAGUGUUUCUUGCUUACCUUAGUCAUAUUUUCAUUUUCUUGAUCUAUUGUGCUGGUAUAUAUAUAUUGAUCUUAGUUGUUGAUUUGCAUCUACUGGCCGCUGUAAAAUGUUUGAGCGAGCUUUCACUUCUCUUUCUUCGUACUGUUCUCCGGGAAAUAGUGGACCGUACUAGGAGUGCACCUGUGCACAGGAGGACUGCGGAAAAGCUAAUUUUUGUCUAGGAAAAAUAAGAGAUAGACAAAAUUGU